GCGCACCAAGCACAUCUCUUGUCCAACUCAUCACGACACGACCUCCAGCAGCAUGUGAGUCGACAGGUUGUGCACACAGAGGAAGUCGACAGAAAUGUUUAUAGCUAAAUAGAUUUGCUAAUAAUAAUAUCUAGCAGGCAAAGGCACUCAGACUACGCCAUGUCAAGUACAACAAUUGCAACUACCGGCUUUUAAAGCAGGAUAUGUCGGUAGACUGAUAUUUAACUCGCAGUUGCAUGCCAGCUAACUUAACGUUAACUCGACCAAAAAAAGCUACUUGUUGGGAGUUAUCAGGGAGCUGAAUGGCCUCUGUGGUGGCUUCUGUUGUGACUGUGAAAACCGAGAAGCGACCAGCUCAUGCUGAUACUCAGGAUGUUGACCCCCACACCAAAAAACCCAGGAUUUGGGAACCAUCAAUGGAACCAUCACUCAAUCUCUGCCUGCCCCAAAGGAAACUGCUGCCCAGCCUGAAGACCAAGCGGGCGCCCGAGCUGGUCCUAGUUAUUGGUACAGGGGUGAGUUCAGCUGUGGCCCCUCAGGUCCCCGCGUUGCGCUCCUGGAAGGGUUUGAUCCAGGCCUUGUUGGACGCGGCCAACGACUUUGACCUCCUCGAGGAAGAGGAGAGUAGGCGUUUUCAGAAGAGCCUGCAGGAGGACAAGAACCUAGUCCACGUGGCUCAUGACCUCAUCCAGAAGCUCUCUCCGAGAACAGGCAAUGUGCGGUCUACCUUCUUCAAGGACUGCCUGUACGAGGUGUUUGACGAUCUGGAGUGUAAGAUGGAGAACGCAGGGAAGCACCUUCUCCGCUCCGUACUGCAGUUGAUGGAAAGUGGAGCGCUGGUUCUCACCACCAACUUUGACAACCUGCUGGAGAUCUACGCAGCCCACCAGGGAUCGAAGCUGGAGUCUCUGGACUUAACCGACGAGAAGAAGGUCCUGGAGUGGGCUCAGGGGAAGAGAAGUCUGAGUGUUUUGCACAUUCACGGUGUUUACACGAAUCCCAGCGGUAUUGUACUGCACCCUGCUGGCUACCAGAAUGUACUGAGGAACACGGAGGUCAUGAGGGAGAUCCAGAAACUGUAUGAGACCAAGUCGUUUGUGUUCCUGGGCUGCGGGCGCACGGUGGACGACACCACCUUCCAGGCUCUGUUCCUGGAGGCGGUCAAACACAAGUCGGACCUGGAGCACUUCAUGCUGGUGCGGCGUGAGGACGUGGGAGAGUUCAAGAAGCUGCGGGACAACAUGCUAGACAAGGGCAUCAAGGUCAUCUCUUACGGCAAUGAGUAUUCCGACCUGCCUGAGUACUUUGAACGGCUGGCCAACGAGAUCUGCAACCGCGACGCUGUCACUAACGGCUGGGGAUCUCCCUCCCAAGAAGAACAGGAAACCCAGAAUGGCUUUCAUUCACAGAAAAGCCUCCAAGACUAUCCUUCUUGACAGGCACAAAACAGACAGGAGUAUCAGUCAUUUUCAUCCACAGUUCCUUCAGUCUACUUCUACUCAGGUUUCAUUGGAUCUACUACUACUCCGCCAGGCAAAUAUGGGCCAGAAGAGACCCAUGUUACUAUUCUAGUCACCCGCUUAUUGUUUUUAUUUGAAUCUUUACCGGUUGUCAUGACAAAGGGAAAGACCCAGCAGGAAAGUAAACUGUUAAAGCAGCUGGUAACCCAAUUAAAGUGUUUCCCUACACCUUAACAUCUGGAAUAAGAUGUUGGAAAGGGCAAUGGAAGACUGAUGUAGGGAUGACAUAAGGACAGGUCCCUGACUUGGAUUCUAGCUCAACAUAAUUUGUAAAUGAAUCCUGUCCUGAAUGAAUGGCUGGAGAGUCCUGAGGACCUAGAUAUGCUAAAGACUCCCUGAAUUUGAAGAGAAGCAGGCGUGGCAAAAAUGUAGCACAACAUAUCCACAUCAGAGGAGGCUGGUGGAAUGCGCUAUAGGAGGAUGGCUCAUUGUAAUGGCUUGAAUGGAACUGGGUCAAACGUGGUUUUCAUAUGUUUGAUACCGUUCCAUUUAUUCCAGACAUUAAUGAGCCUGUCCUCCUAUAGCUCUUCCCAUCCUCCCCGGUUUAGGAUCAACUAUGCGGUCCUCUUAUGAAACUGUCAAGUCUCAAAGCAUACAGCAUCAAUAGGUGUUAACUAUGUAGUCUCUGAAAAUAAUGCUUGCCAUGCUAACUUGAAAGCAGCUAGUUCAAUCUGUGAAGCAUGGUAACAUGUUGAAAGGUUUUUGAGAAUCUUGUCUGCAGGUUCAGCAGUGACUUAGAUGAGGCAUCUUUAGAGUAACAAUCACUUGGCCACUCAUGUGCUGAAAAAAAAAAUAGUAUACUGUCCUUUUAUAAGGCUUUUGGAUUUUUAAUACUGCAUGUUUUGUGAAAUCUGUAGGUAUUUGUGCUAUUUACAAAAAAUAAAACCUUUGGUAUCAUACAGU